AUUACUUUAAUAUUUAUUUCAUGUUCAACAAAACCAGUUCAAUGACAACACAAUAUAUAGCAACAUUUAGAAAAGGUACGGUGACAAAGUUUGUAACUCUGUCCCUUGUCUUUUCAGUCUCAGUAAGUUUGGGGUGGAGUUUGUACUUGAGAUUUUUAAGAGAUUCAUAAACCGGAACAUCAAGUUUAAUCACUCCAGAGACACAUUUACAAACACGCACAGGAACAAACAAAAAAAAUUCUGAGAAAGCAGGGCUAAGAAAGAAAAGGUGGGCAGAAAAACAAAAGAAAGAGGACCAAAAAAACUAACAAAAUUAAAAAUCAGUAAAGAGGCCAGCCAGAUCUAUUUUGAACAUUCAUUCUGAUGGCCUGAAGCAAAUGAUGGAGGCAGAAGGAGGCUCAGAUUGUAAUUAUGACUGUGCAGCUUUUCCAGAAAUUAAGGCCAUUAUAAUAGGCAGCAAACCGGGCUUUAAAUGCACUGCAGCUAAUUCCAUUCUUGGACAUAUUAACUGGAAAGUGGGCGAAGAGAUAGUCAAGAGUGGAACGAAACAGAGCACAAAUCAAAACAGGUCUAUUAGUUUGGUAAUGACACCAGGAUGGUGGAAGAGCUUCACACUGGCAGAGAGUGCAAAGUAUAUACAGAUGGAGAUUGUGCACAGCUUGAAACUGUGUCCUGAUCCACAUGCCUUCCUUCUAGUCAUCAAUCUACAUGAAUUAUUCACAGAUAUGCAUCUAAACAGUGUGCUGGAACACAUGGAGAUUCUUGGUGAGCAGAUCUGGAGCCACACCAUCGUUCUGCUCAUGUAUGUCAACACAGAGCAGAGAGAUGCAGAUAGCAAACAGCUAAUUCAGAAAGCCGGGAAAGAGCUUGAUAUUCUAAUACAGAAAUGUGGCAACAGAGUUCAUGUUUUCAAUUAUACUGACAGAAGGGGGAUACAUUUACAAAAACUGUUUCAUAAAAUAGAGAACUUGGUAGCUGAGAAUAAAAAACAGUGCUUUAAAAUUGACAGCAAACUAUUUGAAGUUAUGGAAAAAAAGAGAAAUAUGGUGAAAAAACAAGCAGAGGAGAGAGAACAUGAAGUGAAAACAAAGAUACAAACACUGAAAGAACAUCUAAAAGAAAAACAUUUUUCAGAGUUAAGGAUUGUCUUGUUGGGUGGCAGACUUGUUGGGAAGACCUCAGUGAUGAACACCAUUCUGAAAAAUACACAAAAGGAGAACAUGACCAAAAUGUGCAUGAAGAGAAAGAGAGAGGUUGACAACAGAGAAGUAAUUUUAAUUGACACACCUGGGUGGUGGCCAUACGCGUCUGUAAAGGAGACACCAGUCUCAGUCAAGCAGGAGAUCAGGAGAAGUAUCGAAAUGUGUCCACCAGGGCCUCAUGCAGUUUUGCUGGUUUUGCAGUCUGGUAUCGCCUUCAGUGCGGCAUAUGGAAGGUCUGUCAAGGAGCACAUGGAGCUCCUGGGUCGAAACGUCUGGAGGCACUGUAUAGUGGUGUUCACCAGGGGAGACUGGAUGGGUGCCCCCACUAUUGAAGAACACAUUGAGAGUGAAGGAGAGGCUCUUCAGUGGCUGAUCAAUAAAUGUGGAAACAGGUAUCAUAUUCUUAACAACAUGCAGUGGGAUGAUGGGAAACAGGUCAGAGAGUUGAUGGAGAAAGUGGAGAUGAUGGCCAGAGGAAACACAGAGCUCCUGACACCUGUGGAGGAAGCAGAAGAGGAGAGAGACAGUGGUCAGGCAUCUAACUGGUCAGACGAAGAGAUGUUAGAGAGAGGAAGCUUUAAUCUGGUUCCACCUCAAAUCGACAAUACAGACAACGUCAAGGAUUGGCUUGAAAAUGAAGCUAAUGUGUUUAACUAUAGAAACUCAUCAGAAUUUUCAGAGGACACUUCAGAGGAUGUCACACAAAGUUAAUGGCAUGAUGGCUUGCAGAGAACCACAACCUCCAACACCCUGAAAUACAGGAUCCCUUCUUCAGAAGAAACAAUCUCUUCACCUGCAUAUGGCAUUCCUUUUUGACAGUGAAUCCAGCUUGUUUAUUAGAGCAACCUGUUAUGUGAACAUCUU